AUGGGUGUCCCCGAGACUCAAUGGGCACAGGUGAUCGAACAGGUAGGCGGCCCUGCUGUCUACAAGCAGAUUCCUGUUCCUAGGCCGGGUCCGGAUGAAGUGUUGGUGAAGAUUAAAUACUCCAGCGUGUGCCAUACCGAUCUGCAUGUCAUGAGGGGCGAGCUCCCGAUGAAGAUGAAGAUGCCCCUCAUCGGUGGCCACGAAGGCACCGGCAUGGUCGUCGCUCGAGGGGAGCUGGCGAACCAGGUCAAGAUCGGCGACCACGUCGGUAUCAAGUGGCUGCAUGACUCGUGCCGGGCCUGCGAAUUUUGCCAGAAAGCCGAAGAAGUCCUGUGUCCCCAUGCGCAGAUGUCCGGGUAUACCGUUGAUGGGACCUUUCAGCAGUACUGCACAGCCAAGGCGGCCUAUGUGUCGAGGAUCCCGAAAGAUGUGCCGUUGGACGCAGUCGCUCCGAUUCUCUGCGCGGGAAUUAGCGUGUACCGGGCUUUAAAGGAGUCCGGGGCUCAGGCGGGUCAGUCCGUUGCCAUUGUCGGCGCUGGGGGUGGGCUGGGAGCAUUGGCUCUCCAGUAUGCGAAGGCAAUGAGCCUCCGAGUGAUUGCGAUCGACGAAGAGAGAGAAAAGCAACAGAUGUGCAUGAAUCUAGGGGCAGAAGUAUACGUUGACUUCACCCAAAGUGACGACAUUGUCAAAGAUGUCCGCGCAGCGUCUCCUGACGGCCUGGGGCCGCACGCGGCGAUCAUUGUUGCCAUGUCCGAAAAGCCAUUCCAGCAGGCUCCCAUGUACGUGCGAUCUCACGGUACCGUCGUUGCGGUCGGCCUGCCUCCCAAUGCGUUUAUUAAGGCCCCCAUUGUCGAGACCGUCACCCGGAUGAUCAGUAUCAAGGGGAGUUAUAAAGGCAAUCGGCAGGAUAGCGUCGAGGCAAUCGACUUCUUUGUCCGGGGCCUGAUCCAUAUCCCUUUCAAAACCGCGACCUUGAAAGAUCUCAACAACGUGUUUGACUUGAUGGACAAGCAGACAAUUGUCGGUCGUUACGUUCUCCAGAUGCCAGACUAG